AACUGGCUACUUGCUUUGGUGGUGCCCACGGCGUGUGUCCUGUUUGCUAGUCAUGUGGAGACAGCGAAUGUGUUGGCUCUUUUUCCCCUGCCAGCAAGAAGCCACUGGUUUUCCCUCAAACCUCUCCUCACUGGGCUGUCCCAAAGAGGUCACAACAUCACACUGCUGAUAACCGAGUUGGAGGAAGAUAUACCUGAAAACUGGGACGUUUUCAGAAUUCCGGUGGUACUUCCAACGACCUUGAUAACACAAAAUACGAUGAUACUAAGAUCGAUGAGAGGCAAAAAGCUAUAUGAUAUGUUCCUGGACAUUGGCAUCGAAAUGUGUGAAAACCUUUUAAGGCAGGAAGCUGUUCAAAAACUGAUGAAUAUUAAAGAGAAAAAGUUCGACCUGCUUGUCAUGGAAUACUUCUUCAUGAACGAUUGCUUCUUAGGAUUCUCACACAAAUUCAAUGUGCCCGUUGUCGCCUUGUCUUCUGUUGGAGGGUUUCACUGGGUAACAGAUGCAGUUGGCGAGCUAAGCACGCCAUCAUACAUUCCUGAUAUUUUUAGCGACUUUACAGACCACAUGACUUUCUGGCAGCGUUUAGAAAACACUGUGGCUUUGACGUACGCAAGGUACGUUUAUAAUUAUCAAUUCUUACCGAAAGUGGAUGAAAUAGUCAAAGAGAAUUUCAAAGAUCCUGCGAUGCCACCUCUGUCAGCUCUCAGAGCCAACACGUCGCUGAUCAUCGUGCAAAGUCACGUGAGCUUCAGUUAUCCCCGACCUCACUUACCCAAUGUGAUUGAGACCGGCGGAAUGCACAUCCAGCAACCAAAGGCACUACCACAGGACUUGAAGAAGCUAAUGGACAACGCAAAAGAUGGAGUAAUAUUCUUCAGCAUGGGAUCUUUCGUAAAGAGUGCGGAUUUUCCACAGGAGAGUAUUCAAGCUUUCCUCACAGUCUUCUCUAAACUGAAGCAACUGGUCCUGUGGAAAUGGGAGAACGACACCAUACCUGGGAAGCCAGUAAAUGUGCAUCUGGGCAAAUGGUUUCCACAGUCUGACUUGCUAGCUCACAAAAACGUACAGCUCUUCAUCUCCCACGGAGGACUGCAGAGCAGUUUGGAAGCGACCGCUCGGGGUGUCCCCGUUAUCGGAAUACCAGUUGGAGCUGAACAGAGCUAUAAUGCCCGCAGAAUCGCCAACUUCGGAUACGGCAUCGUACUAGAUCUGCAAAACUUGACUGCCCAGUCCGUGGAGUGGGCUAUUUAUGAAGUUUUGAACAACCCAGUGUACCGCGAGAACGCAAAGCUGCGGUCCCGCCUGUUCUGGGACCGUCCAGAGAGCCCUGUGGACACGGCCGUCUACUGGACAGAGUACGUGCUGAGGCACCGGGGAGCCCCCCACCUGCGCAGCGCCGCCCUCGACCUCAGCUGGUACCAGUACCUCCUGCUGGACGUCGCUGCCCUGCUGCUGGCUGUAGCGCUCCUGGUGCUUAUAGUCACUGUUGUGGCAGUCAGGACUCUCUACAGGCUAAUCACCGCAAGAACUUCUGCCCCACACGAACAGAAGAAAAAGAAAACAACGAAGAAGGAAUGA